UAGGGUUUUUGGUAUUUAUGUUUCUAUUCAAAGUUCUUAUGUUCGACUUCGGGCAUAACAGUCUGAACUCGUCGGCAAAAUCUAGACAAACCGAAUUGUAUAAACCCGAUUCGGGUCAGGUACCGGUUUGAUUUCAAUCCUCUCUCCGUCAAUUCCAACACUCCGGCGAUGUUUUCUCGAUUCGUCCAAAGAAUCCGAAUUUCGAAAACCCAAAUCACGUCUCUCUACUCAACCAAACCUUUCACCACACUACUAAACCCUAAACCCCCAAUCCGAGUCGCCGUCUUCUGGGACCUAGACAACAAACCACCCGCCUCCCACCCUCCCCACGACGCCGCCGUGAAGCUCCGAACCGCCGCGUCGUCCUUCGGCUCCGUGAAACUAAUGGUGGCCUACGCGAACCGCCACGCCUUCAGCCACGUCCCCGCCCACGUCCGAGAAGAACGGAAAGAGCGAAAACUCCUUAACCAGCUGGAGAAAACCGGUUUAGCUAAACCGGCCGAGCCGUACUUCUGCGGCGUCUGCGACAGGAGAUUCUACGCGAACGAGAAGCUCGUCGCUCAUUUCCGCCAGAUCCACGAGGCGGAGAAUCAGAAGCGCGUGAGGCAGAUAGAGUCGGCGAAGGGAGGGCAGAGAGUGAGGCUCGUGGCGAAGUACUCGAUGAAGAUGGACAAGUACAAGAGAGCUGCGAGGAACCUUUUGAUUCCUAAGGAAGGUUAUGGAUUAGCUGAGGAGCUGACACGUGGCGGGUUUAGGGUGAAGAUGGUGAGUGAUAAGCCCGAGGCGGCGGAUAGAGCGUUGAAGGAGCAUAUGGUGGAUGUGAUGGAUAAGAGGGAGGCUGAGUGUUUGGUUCUGGUGUCUGAUGAUUCUGGUUUUGUUGAUGUUUUGUGGGAGGCGAAGGAUAGGUGUUUGAGGACGGUUGUGAUUGGGGAUUUGAGUGAAGGGAAGUUGAAGAGGGUGGCUGACGUGGCGUAUUCGUGGAAGGAGGUUGUGAUGGGGAAGGCGAAGAAGGAGGUUGAGAAGGUUGUUGGGAAGUGGAGGGAUAGAGAUGUGUUGAAGAAGUUGGAGUGGAGUUAUGAUCCUGUUUUGGACAAGGAGAGAGGCUUGUCUUGUUGUGGGGAUUGGGAUUAUGGGUUUGAUUCUGAGGAUGAUGAUGAGGUUGAGAUGGGAGAUGGUGGUGAUUGGUGGGAGAUGGAUGAUGAAGAUAGUGUUGGAUCUUCAAGAUCAUGUCAAUAAAGUCUAUAGCAUUGAUUGUGCAGAGGAAGAUAAAUCAGUGGAAGCAGAAAGCUAAGUGGAAGAGAUUGAAAUAUUCUUCACUGUAGUAAGCUCUCUUCAAAGUUUAUGUUCUCUGAGAUUCUAUAGGCAUUGAUUCAAUUUGAUUUUCUAAACCAUCGUUUGGUUAAUAUUGUUCACAAACUGUUUAGUCAGGAUAGAGACCAAAAUACAAUGCAUAAAUAGUUUUGGAUUCAUAAAGUAGAUUGAAUUACUACAGAGUGUAUAUGCAUCAAAGUCUCAAGCUAGUUUAUUUUUAGUUUUGCUA